AUGAUGAACACUAGAUACAAAAUCAGAAAAACCCAAUUCCCCCUCAAGUUCCUAUACAAAAAGGCUUCUGGGUCCGAAUACGAUCAAGAAUCCACCGAUUCUGGAACUUUGAUCGGUUCCAACGAUGACAUUUUAACAGAAAUCCUUAUUCGGCUCCCUACUGAGUCCAUCGUCCGACUCAAAUCUGUAUCCAAACAGUGGCUAUCCCUAUUGAACCACCGGCGUUUUACUCUCCGUUAUGAUAAAGUGUUGAAAUCUCCUGGUUUUUUUUGUGGUUCUUCAUACAUUCCAUUUGAUGAUGGUGCUGAAGACAGAACCACUCCACCUUCUCGUGGUCUUGUUGACUAUAAUGUCAAAGUUGUGCAUUCUUGUAAUGGGUUACUACUUUGCUAUGGCAAUCUAGGUAGUGCUUUUGAAUACGCCGUACUUAAUCCCACCACUAAGCAGUUCAAAAUCAUCCCACCGAUCCCUGGACGUAAGAAAGGUUGUAGAUCAUUUUGUUUUAUGGGCCUGGCCUAUCAUAAAACAGAAUUUCCUCAUUUUAAAGUUGUAUGUAUUCCUUACAAAAAGCUUAGUGAGGACCAUCUUCAAAUUCAAAUCUAUUCGUCUGAUACAGGGAAAUGGAAUAUUUUGACUGGAUCUUUCUUUGUGCCUAAUUACUUUUUUUUGCAACACGGGGUUUAUUGGAAGGAAGCGUUCCAUUGGAUUCCAUCUUGUCAUGAUCCAUUGUACUUAAAUCUCAAGACACAUAAGAUGCAAAAGUUACCAUUGCCCUCCCCGUUGCCCGUGAGGAUAGCAUAUUGCGGAGGCUAUUGCGAUGGCAUUGUCCCAUUUUACUUUGGGGAGUCUGCAGGCCAUCUGCAUUUGGUUGAGGGAGCCCAUUUUGAAAACCAGCUACAUCUGAUUGUCUAUGAGAUGUUGAGUGAUCAUUCGGGUUGGUUUGUCAAGUACCAAAUGGAACUUGAUGAACUUCCAACCGCUUAUCCAGAGAUGAUCAAUAGCGAAGAACAUCCAUCAAGCCCUGAUUAUUACAUAUUCGAAGUCUUGGAUUUGGUUAGAGGUGAAGAAGAAAAAGAUACAUUCCUGGUGAUAAGAAUUCCAAAUAAGAUCAUAAGCUUCAAUGUUAUUGACGAGAGUUUUAAGGAGAUACUUGAUUUCAACGACGGUUGCUGUGAAAGAAUUGAGCACAAGCAAGUCCAUCGAUAUAUUAAGACUUUAACUUUGUUCUAA